CCAGGGGGCGAUGUGCAGCCUCUGCUGCAGAGCUCUGGGGGGCGCUGCCGCGACGUGUCGGCCCCGCCCUGCGGGCGCCGGGCGCCCUGCCGCGGGCGGCGGCGGCCUGGGCCCGUCGGCGGCGGUGGCCGCGGCGCCAGCACGGGAGGAGCGAUUGGAGCGGUGCCGCGGUUGGGAGCGGCAGUCCGCACGGCAGCCGUGCGAUUGCCGGCGGGUGCUCGGCAGAAGCGGAGGGCCCGAGGCUUGGCUACAGCACCCACGACAGGGCGAAGCUCGAGAAUCUGAUCAGGCAGCUCAUCCGCAGCAUGCCAGGCCCGCCAGGCCUCGUGCCAGACAAGCUGCUGCAGGUGCCCCUGCCGCCCCUGCUGGACCUGCCGAGCCAGCGCGCGGCGCCCGUGCCGGUGCCCGAGCAGGCGCAUCCGCGCCGUCAGAAACCGAGCGCACGAUCGGGCACCUCAUUCGGCGCCAUCGGGCAUCCCAUCAACUGCGCCGGACCGUGCAAGUAUUGGUCCACCAACACUCGGGGGUGCAAGGACGGCCAGGCCUGCGACAGGUGUCACCUGUGCGUGUGGCCGCGCGACAGGCGGCGCCAGCAGGGCGCGGGCGGCGCCCUGGCGCCCCGGCUCUGCGGGAGCGCCAUGGCACGCGGUGGCGCGACGCCAGAGAAAUUGAUGCUCGCUUCCGUGGCAAGCACGGCCAGGCCAGCCAUGCACGCACCAGUGGUGUGGCAGCCGGCUUCGAACCUGGCGCCCGAGUUGGCAGUCGUGCGGUCGCCGCAGCCAGCUUGGAACCCGGCGCCUGUGCCGGCAGUCGUCGCCACGGGGAACGGCAGAAUGGAGUGGACGGGCCAAGACCCGGAGAAGGUGUCGCUGGGUUCCGCCAAUCACCCUCACAAUUGUGCUGGGGCGUGCAAGUACUUCCGCAAAGCCCGCGGCUGCAAGGAUGGCACGUCCUGCAAACGCUGCCACGUGUGCGAGUGGCCCACCCGUCCAAGGUUUGGGGAACUGGUGGCCGCGAUUCACCUCUAG